AUGGAGGCGGCACACGCAGAAGUGGCACCUACCGGCCAGUGCUGGUGGCAGCACAGCCGGAGGAGCCAUGGGGGGGGCGGCAGGUGCAACCGGAGGAGCGAGGGGGCUGGCUUCUCGGUCAUUGUGCCCCACGCUCAGCACGGCCCCAACAUCGUUGCAGCCACCUUCUGCAGCAGCGGCUCACAGGGCUCGGCAGCCAAAUGCUCCCCUCCCCUUGCUAAUGCGGAGGGCGGGAAGAGGAGGCCUCCAGAGAAUUUGUCUUUGCUGCCUGGAGAUGAUCCUAGAGCCAUGGGAGAAACACAGAAAGAAGACAAGCUGCACAGGCCACACUCCAAUAGGAGUGAGGGUCUGGGAAAAGAAACCAUCUGCAACCAGGCUCCUCCUGUAGACACUGAGAGCAGCAUGCAGCCUGCCAGAGAGGAUGUGGGCCAGGGAGAAGAUGGCACAGGCUGCUAUUGGAUUCUUUCUGUAGCCCCUGAGCAACAGCCCAAAGCCCUGCCUGUGCGGCCGAAGAUCCUGCAGAAGACGGAUGACACCCGUGUCCUGCGCUUGCUGCUGCAUCAGAGGGACCUGGAAAUCCAGGGGCUGAGAUGCGCAGCUCAGAAGGAGCCAGCAGCCCGGCUCUCCUUCAUUUUGCAGGAGCUAGUGAGCAUGAGGCAGAGAGUGAGUGCAACCCCCACAAGGAACCCGUAUGGAUACAUUAUAGGACACAGCUAUAUGGGCCACCUCCUCAGCCGGCCUCUGAACAUGGUUUGGAAUUGGAAAGAGAAGUGUAAUGAUCUUGUGGGUUUCUGUAGGUACCAAACCAAGAGAGACCAGCCAGAGCAUCUCCAAAAGGAAAUAGACAGACUGAGCUCUGAAUUGCAGGCUGAAAAGGAGCUCCAUAUGAGGGAGAUGCAGCUCUUGAAGGAGAAACUCUGCAAAUCAGAGCUGUUGGUGCAGCAACUGUACAAAGAGAUCAUGAGGCUGGAGAAGUCACAGCCUGGAAGACCUGCCCAAGGCCUCCGAGAGCCACAGGGAUCAAAGGCCAGUGUGAAGCAGGAUGAUAUGCCAGAAAUGGAGAGUUUCGAGCUUUGGUCAGAGACAGGAAACAACAAUGUAGCGGCAGAGCCUAGUAACAUGGCGCUGCGAAGGAUCCCCAAGCACAUGAGCUUCCUGGAUUCAUUCUUCAAGGACAGAGAUCCAACAACACUUGAGAUGGAAAAGGACAACGGAAGAACUGAGCUAUCAGUUCAAGCAGAAUUCAACCUCUACGGCACGUCCUCUGCAGAGUCAGAGGCCAGACGGAAAAUAAAUGAUUUUAGCAACAUGAGUUCAAGUCAAGAGCUGGCUAGUUUACCUGCGAAAAAGGAGAGGAAACUACACUCAGAAAGUUCUGGGUGGGAGGCGAUCUCUUCUCCAAAAUCAGAUCUUGGUUCUGCACCAAGUGGUUCUGAAGUUGUGGUAUUGGUCCCCAGUCUCCCAUCAUCCUGGGAGGACAUCCAGCCGAAACACUCUGGUUCCCUGGAUCUGAAGACGGACCAGUCCCAGGAUCUGUGCCAUCUCACUCAUGCCAGUUUUGGUGGGAUAGGGGUUUGCAAGACAUCUGUGAUGCCCUCAGAUCUGAGCAAAGGCGAAGAACAUGAAAGGACUCCUAGGGACACAGGAUUCCUAAAGAUCACCACUGUGAAUUGUAAGGGCAAAUUCGUUCGAAUCCUCAACACCUCAUUGGACCAAGACGUGGACCUGAGUGGCUUCAUCAUCCAGCAGUGGAUUGGAGGGUACCCAGUGUCCAUCUACCGCUUCCCCCCAGACACCAUGCUGCCCGCACUGCAUCAUGUCACGGUCUGGGCUGCAGGAGCUGCUUGCACCCAUAAAAAACCUGCAGACGUGACACUGAGGACCCAGCAGUAUUUCAGAACGGGCCCAGAAUGCACCACAGUCCUCAGCAAUACAAAGGGCCAGACUCUCUCCAGGUACACAGCCCCUCACAGAGUCACAGCGGCCGCAGAGGCCUACACGGAUAACAUGGACCUUUCGGUGGACAAGUUCCCACUCGCUGGAGAAGAGGAGGAAGCAGAAGAACCUCUGCCCCAGAAGGAUCAGCCCUGGGUCCCUGCAGCACCACGCAGAGGGAGCACAGGCAGGCCACCGGCUGCACUGCAGAAGGCAAAAGACAGGAAGCACUUUCCUGUUGGCUCUUCAAACAGCAACAGUCGGGGAGACCCUUCAAAGGGCGGCAAGAGGAAAAUCCAGCCUACACCCAGAGAGGCAGUUCACAAGACUGUCUCCUUCUCAGCCCAGAAUUUACCUGCCAUAUCAGGUGUGUUGUCUCCCCAGCUCUCCUCCUGGGAGCUGAGUGAGGAGAAACACUUCUCAUCCAGCGAAGAGGAGGAGGAAGAGGAGGAUUUUGCUCCUUAUGGAAGGCAGCCCCCAACUGCAGAGCCAAAACCCAGAGUCUUCAAGACAGCUCUGGAUACAACAAUUCCUACGGUGGCUCUGAUAGGACAGAAGAGUGCUCGAUCUAAAUAUGGCUUCAAGUACAUGGCUUACCUACCUACCACUACUGAUAUGCAGCUUAGGAGAUACUGCCCUGCUAGAUGAUGCACUGAUUAAUAGGUGACACAGGAAACUUGCACAGGUUCUUAAAUACAUGCCAUGCUGCUCCAGUGAAUGUGCUGCCACUUGGCUUAUUUCAGCAAGGGGAGAAGAGUCAGUAAGGGGGGGGUGGCUGUUUUGAGAGGAUGUGCUACCCACAAGGCUGUUAUUUAUCACUUGAGAACUCCACAAAGAGCAAAGUCAGGACACUGUAGGAAAGAUUAUUGUGGAGCGGCCUUUGGUGGCUCCAGUUCCCACUCUUCCAGUCAGGAGGCCCAUAGUGAAGGCUGAGAGUAAGAUCUGCUGAUGAUGUGUUCCUCAUCUGACGACAGCAGAAUUACCGGGGCAGGAGAGAAGGUCUGGAUAACUGAGAUGAAUGAUGACAAAGGUCAGAAAUGGAAGGGAUUGCUACCACUAAGCCCAUGAAGGCACUUCCCAAAUAUCUCUUACUCUACUCCUGUACAAUGGUCCUUGUUAACUUACCAGUCCAUAGACAAAAACAUUACUGAUCAUUUCUCCCUGUCCCCCACCACAGGAAUACAGUGGAGAGGCCCCUUGCACGAUAAAGGUACAGAACCAAGCCUGUGUUUUCCUAGAAAAAAUCCCAUAGCCAUUUGCAGAAGUGGCUUCUAAAUCUGUGCCCAGUUUGUGUGCAGAUCAGGCAGACAAACCCAGUUGCCUGAUUUGCAAGCCCAAACCCUAUUUAUGCAUGAGAAUGUAGGAUUCUGCGCAUACAAAGUCACAAGCAUGAAAUGAGAGAGUAGCUAGGGGCCAUUUGGAGCAGGUGGUCCUAAAUACCACUCACUUUUACAAUAGUUUUUAUAAGCAGGGUCUCAUUUUCACAAGUGUUGAGCAUCUGCAACUCCUACUGAUUUCACCCAGGAGUGUGGGUGCUCAGCACUUCUGAAAAUCAGGCCCUAACAUUCUUCUCCCUUCUAUCCUAUUGAGCCACACUGUCCAUUUAUUUUGUUCAUGGUCAGUGACACUGGCACAGAGUCAAUUUUAGAUGCCAGUUUAACUACACAAGCACUUUGUUGGGCAAUGACUGACUGGGAAUCCCUCCAACACUCAUAUGAUUUUGGGGAGCCGCUUGUCACUCAAUACUUAUUGUAUCUGAUCGAUGAUUCUUUCUUAUGCCCACUGAGAGAAUGUGAACUUGGCUUCUCCUCCAACUAUUUUGUAAGAGGAACGGGUAUCAGAGCAGUGGGACCAAGUUGAAGGAUUUGGGCUCUAUGGUACAUCCUAUUCCUUUUGUUUAUAUUAGCAGUGAGGUAAAGGCAACAAACUAUGCAAAGGAUAAUUGCAUAAUUUAAUGUAUUAUAAACUUUCCCAGAAAAUAUCUGUAACAUAUUAAUUUGAAGGUAGAAAAAAAAA